CAAUUAUUUGCCUUUUUGAUUUUACGGUUUUACCGAACCGUUUCCUUUAAAUACGCCAUCAUACUCCAUCUCAUUCCUAUCCCAAUCUGCCAGAAAGAUGGAAGUCUGGUUCAUCAUCCCCCUCACCGUCUCCGUUGCUCUCCUCCUUAGAGUGUUCCUCAACCUCCUUUUUCCGACCAAAUCCCCCGCCCACUCUCUCCCUCCCGGCCCCUCCACCAUCCCCAUUGUCGGCCCCUUCCUAUGGCUCCGCAAAUCCACCUCCGAGUUGGAACUGAUUCUCCGCAAACUCCACACAAAGUUCGGCCCAAUGGUCACCCUCAAGAUCGGUUCUCGCCCUGCCAUCUCCAUCGCCGACCGCUCCCUCGCCCACCAGGCCUUGGUCCAGAACGGUGCCGUUUUCUCCGAUCGACCUAAACCUCUCCCAACCAGUAAGAUUAUGACUAGCGAUCAGCACAACAUCACUUCUGGCGCGUACGGUCCUACCUGGCGACUUCUGCGACGGAAUCUGACUGCCGAAAUCCUUCACCCUUCGCGCAUUAAGUCCUACUCUCACGCCCGCAAAUGGGUAUUACAGAUUCUUGUGGAUUCUUUAGGGUCAGAGUCCAAAUCCAGAGCACCAAUUCGGGUACUGGUUCAUUUCCAGUAUGCUAUGUUUUGCUUAUUGGUACUGAUGUGUUUCGGCGACAAGCUUAACCAAGAGCAGAUCAAACAGAUUGAGGAUGUUGAGCGUUCUUUUCUCUUGUCUGUUGGAAGCUACGGUGUACUGGAUUUUUGGCCCAGGAUAACGGGGAUUUUGUUUCGAAAGAAGUGGAAAGAAUUCCUUAAUAUUCGAAAAAAUCAAGAGGAAGUAUUGAUUCGUCUGAUACGUUCGCGAAAGCAAAUCAGAGACGAAAGAUUCAAGAAUAAUAUGGAGGAUUUCAAACAAGAGGACGAGUAUGUGUUGGCUUAUGUUGAUACGUUGUUAGAUCUUCAGCUACCGGAGGAGAAGAGGAAGCUUAAUGAAGGAGAAAUGGUUACUUUAUGCUCGGAAUUCAUCAGCGGCGGCACAGAUACUACCUCCACCUCCUUGCAAUGGAUUAUGGCAAAUUUGGUAAAAUAUCCACACAUUCAAGAGAAGCUAUUCAAGGAGAUUGAAGGGGUUGUGAGAGAAGGAGCAGAAGAGGUCGAAGAAGAUGAUUUGCAAAAGAUGCCUUACUUGAAGGCUGUGAUCUUAGAAGGGUUAAGGCGACAUCCACCAGCUCACUUUCUGUUGGCUCACACGGUGACAGAGGACACAGUUCUUGAUGGGUAUUUGGUGCCCAAGGACAGUAGCAUCAAUUUCAUGGUAGCUGACCUGGGGUGGGAUCCAAAAGUGUGGGAGGAUCCAAUGGCAUUCAAGCCUGAGAGGUUCCUGAGCAGUGAUGACAGCGGUGGUCCGGAAGCGUUUGACAUAACUGGAAGUAGGGAAAUCAAGAUGAUGCCAUUUGGAGCAGGGAGGAGAAUUUGCCCGGGGAUCGGAUUAGCUAUGGUUCACUUGGAGUAUUUUGUGGCAAAUUUGGUCUGGAAGUUGAAAUGGAAGGCUGCGGAAGGAGAUGAGGUUAACUUGGAAGAGAAGCAGGAAUUCACAAUUGUGAUGAAAUAUCCAUUGCAGGCCCACGUUUCUCCAAGGAAAUGAUAAAGACUUCAAUUUUCUGUGCAUGUAAUAUAUGGCGCGUUUUGCACCCGAAGCGUUGACUGCGUUGGUGCAAGUGCACCAUAUCAUUAAUAACUGCUAGAGUUUUAAUGGUUGUAAUACCAGUCUCGUUAUUUCCCUUUUUUCAAUAUAUAAAAUAUAUAUAUAUAUAUAUAUAUAUGGCGCGUUUUAGUAUUUGGAUUAAGAAAAGAUGUCUUUCAUA